GCGGGGCGGGGGCGGAGACGCCGCGUAGGCUGGGCAGGCCGGGCAGCGGGGCUGGGAGCCGGAGCCCCAUGUCCUGCUGUGUCCCGCCACGAUGUUACCCUCCCGGAGGAAAGCGGCGCAGCUGCCCUGGGAGGAUGGCAGGGCCAGGUUGCUUCCUGGAGGCCUCCGCCGGAAAUGCUCCAUCUUCCACCUCUUCAUUGCCUUUCUCCUGUUGGUCUUCUUCUCCCUGCUCUGGCUGCAGCUCAGCUGUUCUGGAGAUAUGGCCCAGGUGACCAGGGGACAAGGGCAGGAGACCUCGGGUCCACCCCGGGCUUGCCCCCCAGAGCCGCCCCCUGAGCACUGGGAAGAAGAUGAGUCCUGGGGGCCUCACCGCUUGGCAGUGCUGGUACCCUUUCGGGAACGCUUUGAGGAGCUGCUGGUCUUUGUGCCCCACAUGCACCGCUUCCUAAGCAGGAAGAAGAUCCAGCACCACAUCUAUGUGCUCAACCAGGUGGACCAUUUCAGGUUCAAUCGGGCAGCACUCAUCAACGUGGGCUUCCUGGAGAGCAGCAACAGCACAGACUACAUCGCCAUGCAUGAUGUGGACCUGCUGCCUCUCAAUGAAGAGCUGGACUAUGGCUUCCCAGAGGCUGGGCCCUUCCAUGUGGCCUCCCCAGAGCUCCACCCUCUCUACCACUACAAGACCUAUGUGGGCGGCAUUCUGCUGCUGUCCAAACAGCACUACCAGCUGUGCAACGGAAUGUCCAACCGCUUCUGGGGCUGGGGCCGAGAGGAUGAUGAAUUCUACCGGCGCAUCAAAGGAGCUGGCCUCCAGCUUUUCCGCCCCUCGGGAAUCACAACUGGGUACCAGACAUUUCGCCACUUGCAUGACCCGGCCUGGCGGAAGAGGGACCAGAAACGCAUUGCAGCUCAAAAACAGGAACAGUUCAAGGUGGACCGGGAGGGAGGCCUGAACACUGUGAAGUACCGGGUGGAUUCCCGCACAGCACUGUCUAUAGGAGGGGCCCCGUGCACUGUUCUCAAUGUCAUGCUGGACUGCGAUAAGACAGCCACCCCAUGGUGCAUAUUUGGCUGAGAGCUAAACUGUAAGGAAGCUUUCAGACCUCAAUGCUGCUCAGGCUCAGGAAACCUCAGGCCUUAGGCCCAGCUCAGGAGGAUGCAGAGAGGCCUGAAGGAGUCGCCAGCCAGUCUGCGUCUUCAGCAACCUGGCCCCCAAAGCCAGGCCCAAGCCAGGACCCUGGAACGCUGCUGGAGGUGUGGCCCUUGACUGGCCUUCUCCACCUGGCCUCCUGCCUGCCCUGCUCUGCCUGCCCUCCAUGCGUGCUGAGGCCUGAGGCAGUGAGAAGGUGGCCAGGACGGCCUCAGCAGGGACACGUGCUGCUCGGGAAGAACAGACUAAGGAAGAUGUAGUCCGAAGUCACGUGGCCAGUGUGUACGCUCUGGAAGAACAGACUAAGGAAGCCGUAGUCAAGUCACAUGGCCAGUGUGUACAGCCGCUGCUAUUAAUUAGGAGGCUUAGGAUGUCAGAAGGCAGGACACAAGCCCUUGCGAAGGAGCGGCUGAUACUAGCUGUAGCUGGUGCCACCACAGCGAACUGAAGGACCCCGGGGCACCAGAUCUCACUUUUCAAAAGAAACUAGAACAAUGGAAUCUUAAGCAGAAUUUCCUCUUUUGUUGUCUUUUUAAAAAUGGCAGCAGUUCCCUAAAGCUUUGAAAAGCUGUGGCAGGCCAAACAAAAUGUUUUAUAGUUCACUGGUUUGUCACCUUUGGUUGACUAAAGGGGGAUGAUA